AAAACAUUUUGAUUUGGGUUAAAAUAACUAAGAACAUUGUUGGUUUCACACAGGAUGUGUUUCCGGUCUCCGUGGUGACAGCCCUGUGUUUUUAAAAGUCACUGUUGUGUUCUCUUAUAACUUCGUUCAGUGAUCUAACAUGUGAAUAGAUAAUAAAACCUACUAGUAGGUGUAGUAGGCCCCUAUUGACCCACGUCUAUGGGGCUUAUAGUGACUGAUAACGCCUAUUUAAUAGCCUGACAACAGUCUAAUCGGCUGCCAGAUUUUACUGUCCAUGUGUUGUACCCCAAAGAUAUGACGUGUGACCCAGCCUCUUUCGACAGGCCGUGUGACAGACAGGGAAGACUUCCAACAUCAACAUUUCAAAAAAUAUCUCAAAUGUAUCUGAUGAAUUCUCAAAAACACACAAAUACUAAACAAUAAACUGUAUUCAAUAUGCAAAAACAAGGUUUUCCAGAUCUUGGCUACAGAGCAACAUGGUGUCCAACAACACAAGGACACUUUUUGAUCUCCUAAAAAUAGACGCAUUUAUUAGGUUAUAUGUUUCAUUCUGCUUUUUCCACUUCUGAGGAGUAAUGUAAUCAUGUGUCGCUCAAGCUGCAGAAGUCAACUGUUGCACUAGAUGGCACCUCUGUACAACCGGCAGCCUUCACCUGUCACUUGUGACUGACAGAGAAGAGAGUGAAGGAGUAGAUUUUGUUUCAGAGAGAAGAAGAGAGAAGAGUAGAGGAACCUCUGGCCCAACAGAUUACAACUCUCGUGCUGCUCCAACAUGGCUGAUCUGUUCUCUGAUCCAGAUUUGGGGCAAAAUCAAAGCCUCAUGUUCAACAUGACGGCUGCUAACACCAGCUCCGUUUUCACAGCUAUGCUGUUGCCAUUGGACACAACCAUCAACAUACUGAUGAUAAUCGUCGUGUUCAUCACCAUGGUUUCACUGGGAUGCACCAUGGAGGUGUCCAAGAUCAAGCAUCACAUAGUGAGACCUAAGGGGGUGGCGACAGCAGUGCUGGCCCAGUAUGGUGUCAUGCCUUUUGCAGCCUUUUGCUUAGCUGAGGCGUUCCAGCUGACUGAUAUAACGGCUGUGGUGAUUCUGGUUUGUGGCUGCUGUCCUGGAGGAAGCAUCUCCAACCUCCUUGCCCUGGCUCUGAAGGGAGACAUGAACCUCAGCAUUGUGAUGACAACCUGCUCCACGUUGCUGGCUCUGGUCAUGAUGCCUCUGCUGCUCUACCUCUACUGUCAAGGCUUCAACCUGCAGAACUCCGUGCCUUACGUCGACAUCACCGUAUCGCUGCUCUUGAUCCUCAUACCCUGCGGUGCCGGCAUCCUCAUCAACUACUACAGGCCACAGUACGCCAAGACCAUCACAAGGGUAGGCCUCGCUUUCAUGAUGAUUGCCGUGGUGGUGAUCGGCACCAUUUCCAGCAUUGCAAUCGGAGCCUCCAUCUUGACAGUGCUGUCUGCUCCCCUCAUGGCCAUCGCUGCUCUCAUGCCCUUCAUAGGCUACACCUUCGGAUACAUCAUCUCCUGGCUCUUCAGACUCAACCAAUCGGAGCGGAGGACCGUUGCUAUGGAAACAGGCUGUCAGAACAUCAUGCUGUGCUCCACCAUUCUGAAACUGGCAUUUCCCCUGGAGGUCAUCGGCCCUCUGUACCUGUUCCCCAUAGUCUACAUCUCCUUCCAGCUGAUGGAGGCGGCGCUGCUCAUCGUGCUGUUCAGGUGUCACCAAAGGUUCACUCUCAAAGAGAAGAAAGGUAGUGGGCCGGCAGUGCAGGUCGAUGCUGAGCUGGCUCACCUACAACACUAACGCCGGCCAGUU